AUGGAGCUAGUGAACGUCCUUGAAUCUGAAAAAGUGCACUAUAACUCUCUACCGGACGACUUCAAAGAUUCCUUCCAUUGCAAUCGCCAGCGCGACGUAGUACCAGCAUGUGUCGUGCACCCCUUGACCCCGGGGGAUGUUUCAGCGGCUGUGAAAACCAUUUCCAAGCAUAAUUGCCAUUUUGCAAUCAAGUCGGGUGGUCACGCGAUGUUUGAGGGGGCGAGUAAUGCUGAUGGCGGAAUUACGAUUGAUUUGAAGCAUUUGGAUACGUUGGAGUUGAGUGUGGAUGGGCAGACGGCGAGGGUGGGCCCGGGACAGAGGUGGGGGAGGGUAUAUGAGUUUUUUGAGGAGAAGGGGAAGGUGGUUGUGGGUGGAAGGGUUAGUAAUGUUGGUGUUGGGGGAUUUCUGCUUGGUGGUGGAAUAUCGUUUCUAGGGCGUAAGUAUGGGUGGGCCUCCGAUAACGUCAGAAACUACGAGGUCGUGCUCGCCAACGGGUCUAUCUCUAAUGUCAAUUAUGAGUCUCAUCCUGAUUUGUAUUGGGCUCUUCGAGGCGGCGCAGGCAAUUUCGGCAUCGUGACUGCCUUUGAUCUCGAAGCAUACGAACUGGGUCCCGUCUGGGGAGGCAACAACAUCCACGUCCUCUCUGACCCGCUUGCCCGCCGCACAACCCUGGGCAUCCAGCGACCGUUCUCAUUCUCGCUCAGAUACCUAAUUCAAUCCCUCUGCCAGCUCGGGAUACAAGUAGCCACUCUCCUCGGACGCAGCACAACAAGCACCGCCAUGAUCGAGGCCCUUGAGGACAUGAUCCUGAACGAAAAGGGUGAUGAGAGUUACUUCCAGUAUUUCCUCGCUUUCAGCUAUUUCCAAACACCAGGUGUGGUAGCCGCCAAUGUGCUACACGUGCAUUCUGCGCAGCCUGCGCCCAGCUCAAAACCACUGGCUAUGCUGGACUUGCAAGCCAUCGGGAAGCCAGCAUACAGCACGUCCAGUGUGCGGAGCUUGCGAUCCAUGGUGCAGGAGUUUGAUCCGUAUAAUGUUCCUGGCUUUCGGUUUAUAUUUCAUGAGAUCACACUGCGGUUUAACGCUACAGUGUUCCAACAAAUCUUCGACCUCUUCCUCGAGGAGAUCGAGGCUGUUAAGGACCUGCCUGGCAUGUUUCCCACGAUCGUCAUGCAGCCCAUCUCCGAGAUCGUGCGGGUUGGAAACAAUAAAAACGGUGGUAAUCCUUUCGGCUUCUCUGAUGACGACGGUCCUAUCUGUGUACUAUCAAUCUGCCCACAAUGGAACAGAGCAGAAGACGACGAGGCAGUCAAGGCUUCAGUUGCUAGACUUUCCGAGAUGACGAUGGUCUUGCUGGAGAAAGAAGGGCUGCUGCAUAGAUGGGUGUAUCCGAAUUAUGCGAGUGAGGUGCAGGAUGUGUUCGCGGGGUAUGGGGAGGAGAAUCGAGGGAAGAUGAAGAAGAUUCAGAGGAAGUAUGAUCCCGAGGGUGUUUUUGACAGGUUGCAGCCGGGGUAUUUCAAGGUGUGA